AUGCCUCGAUCCCUCAAACCGAUCGCAUUGCUCCUAGUGACCAUCACAACUAUCUUUCUCUACCAAGCCAUCGAAAAAUACAACCAAACCCCUCCAACUCUCUCCGAAAACAUCAUGUCAUACAUCCAGGCACAACCAUUCAAAUCCGCAUUCCAUGUUAUCAACAUAGUCACUUUCUUCACCCCCGCUGCAGGGGGUGGCCCAUUCCUCUAUCUAUUAGGUUUUACUCGUCUAGGACCGAGAGCUGGUAAUAUCUUCGGUAACGUCACUACCAGAAGUAUGUUUACAUACUUACAGAGUGCAGCUAUGAAUGGAUAUGGCCUUGCUGCUUUGAAUACGGUGGUACGAUCUUUUUCGGGUAUUGGUAGCGUUGUUGGAUUUUUCUGGGGAGGCUACAAAUCACUUCACGGUGUGAUACGUCCUGUUGAUAUAGAAUCUGAACAGGAGUUUGGAGAAACAGCGGAGUAG